CUGAUGGGACAGCCGCAACCGCCCUUUUACCUCUCCAAGGCAACCGUAGCACUACCGCAACUCCCUCACUCUCGCACCUCCACACCAUGUCGUUUCAGUCCUCCCCCUCAGAUCUAGCCUAAACAUUCAAACAUCGGCUCCCAAGAACCUAAACAAGCCUUAAACCCGAAAGCUAUUACUAAGUUCUCUUUUUCUUUUUCUCUCUAAGCCGCAGCCUCUCUAUUCUCUCUAAUACCUCUCGGCCAACCACCAAAUCUCUUCAAACAUGUUUCCCUUGCUCAUCUCAGGGUCGACGCCAUUGAAGUCCUCGUUGCCGAGGUCUGGUGUUCAUCUCCUUCACCCUAUAUGCCGUUCAGCCCAGUCACCCAAAACUCCCUCUCCUCUCGCUUCUCCUGAAUCACCUCUCAACCCUGCUCCAGCGUCUCCCGAAUCACUGGAAGACUCUCUUGCUGGGAUUAAUGCUACUCUUAGAGAUAUCAAUCACACAUUGAUUGACAUCUCUAAAGUAAUAGCAAACAAAUGAAUCUGAAUAGUUUUCAAUUUCAAUGUCUAGUACCUAAUGUUUUUAGAGGAUCAAUAUGAAUAGUUUUCAAUCUGAAUACUCUGUCUUAUGCUUUUUGCUUCUGUUUUAAUGCUUGUUAUGUUUUAUAGUGCUGUUAUAUUUCUGCCCUGCUACUGGAACGAUUAGUAGUUAUCAAGAUGAUGCGGGAAUUAUUUACAUAAUUCUCUGUUUAAUUUACAUUGAAGGCUAAGAAAGGUCUUAUGUAAGUUCAAAUGGCAUGAAACUUUAAUUGGUCUGGUUAGUGUUAUUGGGUACACUUGAGUAUUGUCAUGUGAAGUGCACUGUUUUGGCAAUGGAUAUUCUGUUGCUAGAUGUGUAUAGGUAUGAGCUAUGUCAUAGGUAGGUUCAGAUUGUAUCCAGGUUGUGAUGGGAUCUCUUCUCUGCUCCAUUGUUUUUGCUUUUAUGGAGGUGUAUAUAUCUAUGUGAAUGUAAGGUUGAUCCCACCUGCAACCUGGGUGGUUUUGUGUGUCUAGCUUCUGUAAGGCAAGGUAGGUGCCAAUGGGUGCCAAGCCUACUUGGUGUAACCUGUCCCCCUAUGAACAAGGCGAUGAUCUUAUACCGCAUGUCUAUGAGCUUCCACCAGAGUUGUUCAAGUCCUUAGUAAAUUGUCUACCUCCUUUGGCCUUGCAAAAGUUGCAAAGUGAAAUGCCGUUUAGGAGCUAUGAUGAUUAUGAUUCUACUAGUGAUGACUUAAAAAAUGGGAGAAAACGUGGAAGAAAUGGGAAUUUCGAUAAAGCAUGGAAGGCAUUGUUUAAGUUGCGUUGGCCUGAUCUUGUAAAUCGUGUCCAACCAGUUGAUUGGCAGCAGAUUUAUUGGGAAACACAUGUGCAAAAUUGCCUAGAUGAAGCAGCAGAGCUGGCUUUGCUCCCAUCAUUUAGUGGAUGCCUUGGUGCAAUACUGAUUUCAGAGAACAUACUGAAAUAUAUUGGUUAUGUGGAUCAUACGAGUAACUCAGCUUCAGAUAUCUUGAAAUUGUCUUAUCACUGCCAACAAUUUGGCAAUUAUGCUAGAUGUUUGAGACUUCAAAAUGUGCUCUGUGUUGUAGAAUCUUGUCAACUUUUGAGGAACUCCAAGUUGCAAAGCUUGGUGUUACGGUGGAUCAGAUCCUUGGAACAUGCUGAUGGAUUAUGCAAACUUCUCAGUCAGAAUUGUAAAACCUUAACAUCUCUUGAAUUUGUACACUGCAAACUUUCUUCCAGCUUUAUGGAUGCUAUUUGUGGUUCCCUGUACUUGGGAGGUGCGGAGACUCACCAAAUACAGCACUUCUCUGUUAGCACUUCAAGCUUUCUUGAAACAGAUCCAGUUUCCUUAGCUCAUAGACUUGCAUUGUGUCUAUCAGCAGGAAGGUCCUUGUGUUCAUUAAAGCUAUGUGACAGCCACCUGGAUUGGAAUUUUGCCAGAAGGGUUUUCAGUACUCUGCUUGAUGCUUCAUCCAGUCUAUCAAUCCUUGACCUUUCAGAGAACAAUAUAUCAGGAUGGCUGUCGAAUUUCAACUGGAGAUCAAAUGCCCUUCUGUCAUCUUCAGGAAUGGCCAAAUCUUUGCAGUCAUUGCGCAUCCUCAAUCUACGGGGAAAUAAUCUACGGAAAGAUGAUGCUGGUAGCCUAAGAUAUGCCCUGGUUCAUAUGCCGAGCUUGGAGAUUUUGGACCUUAGUGACAACCCAAUUGAAGAUGAUGGCAUAAGAAGUUUAAUCCCUUAUUUUGCCGAAGCAUCUGAAAAGGUUUUUCCCUUGGCUGAUUUGAAUUUGGAGAACUGUGAGCUUUCCUGUGACGGAGUGACUCAACUUCUGGAUGCCCUAUCAACCUUAGGAAGACCAUUGAAUUCUCUCUCCGUUGCUGAUAAUGGCCUUGGCAGCCAAGUAGCAGAAGCUUUAGGAAACUUUUGGGGUACAUCUAUUCAAGCAUUGAAUCUCGAAGGUAUUGGACUGGGUCCCUCUGGAUUUCGGAAACUAAAAGAUGUAGGAAUGGAGGACUUGAUGCUUGUUGAAAUUAACAUAAGCAAAAACCGUGGUGGCAUUGAAACUGCAAAGUUUUUGUCAAAGCUUAUCCAGCAGGCUCCUAAACUGAUUGCAGUCAAUGCAGCAUAUAAUCUUAUGCCUGUAGAAUCCUUGACCAUAAUAUGCUCUGCACUGAAGACUGCUACGGGUCAUCUAGAGCAAGUGGACUUGACGGGGAAUAUUUGGGACUAUCAGCCAUCUCAUGAUACCUUGCUUUCUGAAUUUCAACAUAAUGGAAGGCCUAUUUUGAUUCUUCCCUCAUCGGUAGUCUCAGAUGUACCUUAUGAUGAUGAUCCUUAGCUGACAUUGAUCUGCUGCAUCAUGAUGUUUUGUUGUCUAUUGAAACCACUGAUUUUAGUUUAUCAGUGUGACAAAAGUUUUAGAAAUGUCAAGCUUAAGUAAUAUUGUCUUUGUUUAA